UUCAACUUCGGAAUUUUUUUAAUUUUUAAUAUAUCUUUGCAAUUGGUAAGCAAACCCAGAUUCACCAAUUAAGACAAGGAGAAAGAAAACCAAAACGCCGAACGUACAAAUCAGCGGCUCGUCGCAGAAAGUUCGCCCGGAAAUCUUUCCGUUGGAUUCUCGAGAAAAUCACGCAGCCCCGAGCAAAACCCAGAAUUUUGUUUCGUCGAAAGAGGAAGGAGAACGGCGAUGCAGAGUCGGAACCAGGGGAAUUACCGGAACCCGUGCCUGACGAUGCACCAGCCAUGGGCUUCUUUGCUCGUGUACGGGAUCAAGCGCAUCGAGGGCAGGUCCUGGCCUGCCCCAAUUCGAGGCCGCCUUUGGAUCCACGCCGCCAGCAAAGUUCCAGAUGAAUCCACUAUCAAAGCUAUGGAGCAGUUCUACAGGGAGAUUUAUGCGGUGAAUGGGAUUACUGAAAUUAAGUUCCCUGAGCACUAUCCCGUCUCAAGACUACUAGGGUGUGUCGAAGUGGUUGGCUGUGUCCGAGGUGAAGAGCUAGCUAGUUGGGAUGGGGUGCCUGAAGGGGUAAGGCUGGAAGCACUAACAGAUUAUUGCUGGCUCUGUGAACAGCCACAGAAAUUAGUCAUUCCUUUCGAGAUGCGAGGGUACCAGAAGAUUUACAACUUAGAAAAGAAGAUAUACGAAGCUGCAGCCAGAGGGCUUACUAAAGUGGAAAGUCCACUGCUCGUGAAGUUUCCGCUUCCAAAUCCACGUGAUCUUUUUUCAUUGAAGCCAGGUUCCCUAUUACUAAAUGUGUCUGAAUCUAAACAAAGUGAACCAGGGAAAUCAUCGAGUCUCAGUGCUGCCAUAGCUGGUGCUCGAGCUGCUGCCACUCAGUUUUCAAAGAACCAAAAUCAUAGUACAUCUUAUUCGACAAGAACGAGUGCGAUGGAUAGUGACACCUUGCAGAAGGUUGAGACGGCAUCAUCUGAUUUGGAAGAAGUUUCAAUUGACAGUACUCCUAGGGAUAAUGAGAAGGAGUUUAGUGGCUACAAUCAAACAUUAACAGGAGAGCGGAAGCAGCAGGCCGGGCCUUCUUCAAAGAUUUUUGCUGAAGCUGUGCGGGCAUUGAAGUCUUCAUGAACAUACUAUUCAUACUAAUUCCUAGUGUGGGUUCGAGGUUGAACUGUUGGGUGCCGAGAACGAACGUGCAUUGAAACAUGGUUCGCGGGGGUUCUAAUACAUCUUUUCGUGAAGUCAUAUAAUAAGAUUCGGAUGCCCUCAUGUCAUCCCGCCUCUUUGUUUUAAUAAUCAUGUACAGGCCGUCAUUUUAUCGAUCGAGCUAGGUGUAUCGUGAGUGUUUCUAUAGGUGAUGCUGACAAUUACUUCCUUGGUUCUAUAAUAGUGUACUAUUCGCUGUGUGAUUAUGGUAAUGGAUUUCAUAUUCCUUC